ACGAGGCAUUUGACUACCUUCAGACAGUUAUAGUUACUCCAGUCGUUCACCAAAAGAUGAUAUGCUGUUUUUUGCUUGUCGGUAUAAAGUUGACGAGGCCGAGGUGGAGAAGGAGGAAGGAAGAGGCGAUGGAGGAGGACGAAGAGAAGGAGGAGGUGAUGGAGGAGGAAGAAGAUGAGCAUGAGGAGGUAGAGGAGGAGGAUGGAGAGGAAGAGGUGGGGAUGGAGGACAAGGAGGAAGAGGAGGCGAAGGAGGAAGAAGAGGAGGAGGAGGAGAAGAAGGAGGAGGAGAAAGAGGCGAUGGGGGAGGAGGAAGAGGAGGAGGAGGAGGAGGAGGAGGAGGAGAUGAUAAUCGCUUGUUAUGUCUGAGAAUAACAGCGGUAAUUCGCAGUGUGACCAGUAAUACGCGAUUUCUAGCAGGGCCGCGGACGCACACGAUCAUGGUAAUGCUAAAGCUAAG